GAGAUGGCUCACCGCCUGGAACUAACUAGUUUAGGAGUGUAAGAAUGGACUUGGUUAGCUCGGUCUGUCUUUCCUUUGGCUUUUUUAUGUUAUGCAUCAUGCUCUCCAGGGCUCUCUUUGUGGUCUGGUGGAAUCCUCUGAGGAUCCAAAAGCGUUUCCACGACCAAGGAAUCAGAGGACCCGGGUACAAGCCCCUUUUUGGGAACCUUAUGGAGAUUGCCCAAAUCCAUCGCCAGGUUAAACGUUCACCACCUCUGCCACUGCCGAGUGAAAGCAAAUCCCACCACUACAUGACUGAACUUUUCUUCCCCUACGUUCCCUUUUGGAGUAUAAAAUAUGGAAAGAACUUCUUAUUGUGGCUGGGUCCUUCCCCUUUUCUAGUAGUCACAGAUCCUGAGCUCAUAAAAACAAUGUUCAACGAUCCAUACCACUACUACAUAACAGCACACCCUGCACUUCAUCGGGUACUAGGUCAAAGUUUACCCUUAAAUGGAGGCGAUGAAUGGGCCAACAAAAGAAGAGUUCUCCGUCCACUCUUCAAUAUCGAAGCCCUCAAG